AUCUUCCAAUCUGAUGGAUCAUGUCUUUAAUGUUCUUGAACAGUACGCGUCCAAUCUAGAAGAGGAGGUUCAAGCAAGAAUGCAAGAACUGACAGAGGAGAAGAAAAAAAGUGACAUUCUCCUGUAUAGGAUGUUACCGAAAGAAGUGGCCGAGAAGCUAAAGCUCGGGCAAUCUGUUGAACCGGAAACAUUCGAUUGCGUAACAUUGUUCUUUUCGGAUGUUGUGGUCAACCUUUUAAACGAUCUCUACACACUAUUCGAUGCCAUUAUUGAUGAACACGACGUCUACAAGGUGGAGACGAUAGGAGAUGGCUAUCUCUGUGUUUCUGGUCUGCCAAAGCGAAAUGGUAACGAACAUGCAAGGGAUGUCGCCGAAAUGUCCUUUGAACUAGUCAGAGCUAUCCGUGGAUUUCGUGUUCCCCAUCUACCAAACGAGAAAAUUAACAUUCGCGUUGGUCUCCAUACAGGUAGAGUAUUUGAAUCAUUUCUCUUCUCGUGA